GAGCGAGAUACCUGCAGACACACUGAGACUCAGAACAGGUUUUACUGUCAGUAUUAACUCACACACACAGCUGGUAACAUCAGAGGAAAGCGCUGGAAGCAUAUCGACCUUGUGCAGCUGACACAGUGGAUACAGGAUGACACGACAUCUUGUUACCCACCUCCUGACGUUCUCGCUCCAAGACGGAGACGUCCAGAGCGUGGAGGAGGCUCAGGCUCGUCUGUCCUCUCUGGCUCAGAGCAACAAGCUGUGGAGUCAACAGAUGUACCUGGAUGUUGGAACAGAGGCCAUUCAUCUCCGGGACAUACAGAGCCAGGACGAGCUGGAGAGGUACGCUUUCAAAUCCAUCUACCGCUGCAACGCCGUCAACACAGAAAAACACUUUCCAUCCCUCCUGCUGUUGGUCUGUCAGGGUGCGGAUCAGAAGAGGCCGGACAUUCACUUCUUCAGCUGUGAAACUGUGAAGGCAGAGCAGAUCUGUGACGACAUCUCUCGUGCCAUUUCGGGUUCGUCCCCCAGCAGGAGUAAGAAGGUCCCGGAUGCCAUCAGGCUCCCUCCCAGCGACGGAGAGAUGCUCGACCCCUAUGAAAUCCCCAGCCCCCCCAUCCUUCACGCUCCAAACCCCCCGCCGCCCAACCCUCCACCUUACCCCGGACUCAGAGCAAACGGCGUGAGCGGCGGGCCUGAUAUCUCCUUCCUGAGAGCAGAGCGAGAAGUGGGGAUCCUCAAUCACUGCUUCGAUGAUAUUGAGAACUUCAUGGCCAAACUGCAGCAGACAGCAGAGGCUGCCACGGUGCUGAACCAGAGGAAGAAGAAGAAGAAGAAAAGCAAAAAGCAAAAUGGCGAAGAGGAUUUACUCACUGCAAAGGCUCGUCCCCCACCAGAGGAGGAAUUUAUCGAUAUCUUCCAGAAAUUCAAAUACUGCUUCAGCCUUUUGGCCCGUCUGAAAUCAACUAUUGCCAAUCCGUCAUCAGAGGAGCUUGUUCACCACGUCUUCAAACCCCUUGAUAUGAUAGUGAAAACAACAGGAGGACCAGCUCUUGGAGCUUCAGUGUCCAGCCCUGCUCUGACCAGCUCUGCUGUGUCUCUGCUGCAAGACAGCCUGAGCGAGGAGGAGCGGCAGCUGUGGACGUCUCUGGGACCCAACUGGACACUUCCUCGCUCUCAGCUCAGAGGACCUGUAGCUCCAUACACUCCUGUGUUCCUGAGCGGCUGGAAGCCGGAAGCCUCGAGGGCAGACGGGCAGGUUUGGGAGGAUCCGGUCGAGUCACAGCACAAACACGAAGCCCUCCGAGUACAACAAGAGCAGCCGCCUCAGCCCAUCAGUCCUCCAGACACCCACAUCGAUGAAACAGACGGACCAGAGCUUGACAGACUCUACAGUUGCAGUUACGACUUCAUAGCCAGAAACAGCAGUGAGCUUUCAGUGCAGCAGGGAGAGACACUUGAGGUGAUUGAAUCCUCCAAGCGCUGGUGGAAGUGUCGCAAUCGCUUCAACCAGAUCGGCUUUGUCCCCUUCAACAUCCUGGAACCCGUGGCUCACAUAGACAGCCCCGUCGCCCACAGACCCCCACCUGCUCCAGCUCUGCCUCCCCUCGCCAAGACUUUCUCCACUGUCCCACCCAGCCCUCCUGCUCUGCCCAGCGUCCCCCCGGAGUCCCCCCAGAGACCUCGCAGCUUACCAGGGUACAACCAACACAUGGCAUCUGCAGAGGAAACAGAUAAAGUCAUGCUGGUGAACGACGAGCUGCUCCAGAGGCUGACCAACGGAAAAGUCAAUCUGAACAAACCUCUCGUCAUCCCUCGCUCUUCUGAAACCUCCGUCCCUCUCGACUAUCACUCUCCUCCAGAGGAAGUGGCUGAUUGGCUCCGAGGGAAGGGCUUCAGCGAACCGACGGUGUCAUGUCUGGGUGUGCUGACAGGCGCCCAGCUCUUCUCCCUCAACAAGGAGGAGCUACGAGCUGUGAUUCCAGAGGAGGGAGCCAGAGUGUACAGUCAGCUCACUGUGCAGAAAGCACUGCUAGAGGAUGCCCGAAGAGCCACAGAGUUGGAGGCAGUGAUGGAGAAACAGAAAAUGAAGGUUGAUCUGAAACUGGAAAGCAGCACAUUGUGAGCUGCAGCAUCAACAUCAUGAAGUGUCAGAUGAAGGAUUGUGUUGUUCUGGUACAGCUGUCACUGAAGAGUGAACUCUUGAAUUACUAAUUAUAUUUACCAGAGAGCGAACGUGACAGUGACGAGUAUUUAUGUCAUAAUGACUGCGGUGACAUACUUACUUCAUGUUAAAAUCAAAGCAUUUGGCAGCAAAUAAGAAAUUUAAGCUUCUAAUGAAAGCAGGCGCAGUGCAAAUUAAAUAUUUUAACAUUCAA